AUGUAUGUAUCAGAACUUGCUGCACGCUCAGAGAGACUGGAUGGAGACACGAACCGCAAGGAGCUGAGUAGAUACGACCCAAUACACGGCAUCCUUUUCAGCUCAGAGCCUACUCUUCAACAAUGGGAUCCUUUUAACCUGAGAGGGGUUUCUAUCAUGUUGGACAUACUGCCUCAGUGGCGCCCCCACUGUCCCAGAUGGUCCCUGCUCCUCUCUGUUGGGAUCCUUCUGCUGUGGCUGCCUCUGUCCCACACGACCACAAUGAAAUGUCACAACACGUGCAUCUGCGCCUCCAACAUUGUCAGCUGCUCCAAGAUGAACCUGACAGAAGUCCCGCUCAACAUCCCCGUCUACACUGUGGGGCAAAAUGGCAAACUCAACCUAAAAGGAGAUGAAGAGGAUGAGGAGGAAGAUCAGGACGCAGAGGCUGGAUCGCUGAUGAAAGGCAAGAGAAAGAAGUCAGUGGCUGAAUCUAUAAGCUCAGUGUUCUCAGAUACGCCCAUGGUGGUUUGA